GUAUCACAAGCUCGUUCUUCUUCCAUAGUUACACACAAGAACAGAGACCAAGAUGGACCGCUCCAUGCGUUUGUUUUCAGCUGCUCUCAUCCUAGCCAUUCUUGUAGUGGCUACAGAGAUUGGACAAAUAGCUGUUGAGGCAGGUAGGACAUGUCAGUCUCCGAGCCAUAAGUUCUCCGGAAUGUGCUUCUUCUCCGGCAAUUGCGCAAAAAUUUGCAAACAAGAAGGCUUCCUCGGAGGCGAUUGCGGCGGCUUCCGCCGUAGAUGCUUUUGCAACAAAGAGUGUUAGUAUCGCAACAUGACAUGUGUUAGUUUUUAGUUCGUGGACUGGCUUGUAGGUAAUGAGAAUAAAUAAACCCAUAUGCAAUGAGGUUUUUUGGUCCUUUUUCAAGAUAUUUUGUAUGUCAAUUUCGUGGGACUUCUUUGUAAUUUUAUAAAAAGUCAAUAUUGUCUCUAUUUUCUA